CGUUGUGCAUGUCGUUUUGUGAUCAAAUUUGUUAAUGUAGCGCGGCGUGCUUUAAUUUAACAAAAAAAUAUGGAAACUACCGAAAAGAGCGACGACAAAAAAAUCAUCGAAUUAGAAGAGCGAGAGAAGAUAUUAAAUUCGGAGAACAAAAGCUCUUCGCCGCCGAUACUCGAAAUCGAAAACGGAAUCAAACUAAAUAAGACUGAUAUUAAAGAAGGCCGAGAGGUACAACCAAAGAAGAUACCGAUCGGUGGUAUACAGAUGCCUGGAUUUUUUACGAGGAGCAAAUCGAAGGAAAGGUGCAAGGAUACGGAAAAUGAUCAAAAUAGUGAGACUGAAGGGGUUGAAUUAUUGCAAGCGAAGGAGGAAGAGGAAGUUAAAGGACCGCAAACCCGUAUUAAAUUGCCAAAUCCGUUUAGAAAGUCAAAACUGAUUAAUGAAGAUGAAGGUGAGAAAACACCCGAACCGAAAGAGAAAAAGAAAUUACUAAAUACGAUACGACUACCUUUAGUCUCAGUUUUUCCAAGGAAGAAAAAAGAGGAUCAAAUAAGCAAUCAAUCGGCUAAGGCCGGUUUGGCGUCUAUAGAAACACUAGAUGAGACUGAUAAAAGUGCUGAUAGAAAAGAAGACGACUUAAAGAAUGUUUGUUUGGACGUAAAUAUUGACCAGGAAAAAUGCGAGCUAGAAAAACAGCAGCCCGUAGAGCAACCCUCUUGGAAGCAUAAAGUGAGAGCUUAUCGCAUUAUUAUAAGUGCCUUCCUUGUUUUGAUCAUGUUUAUUAUUAUCAUAGUAACUGUAACUUUACCAAUAGCACCAGAGCAUUCAGUGGCGAUUAGGGAUGGAAGAUUUGUGGAAACUAUUACUAGUUGUGGAAAAGUUGAAGGGGUUCUUGAAGAUGGGGCUGUAGCCUUCCGUGGAAUCCCCUACGCUCGUCCACCAAUCGGUGAGCUGAGAUUCAAAGCGGCGCAUCCCUUAAAUUCCAUCUCUUAUUGCUGGAAUAAUACAACACCUCUGCUAACACAUAACGCAACGGAUUAUUGCCUACAAAUUUACAGCAACGGAACAACUGCAGGUACGGAAGAUUGUUUAACUCUAGACGUGGUUACGCCCUACGUUCGAUACGACACGCCGCUUCCUGUUGUCGUUCUUAUUGGUACUGAAAGUUUAAUCGGCGGUUCGCCCGGCAAAAUGCGUCCGUCGGCCAGAUACGCGAGGUCUCGUGACGUCAUAUUUGUGAGGCCGAAUUUUAGGCUUGGAGUGUUGGGAUUCUUAGCAGUCAGUCAGUUGACGCAGUCGGUUCAUUUGCCCACCUCGGGUAACUACGGUCUGUCCGAUAUCGUUGAGGCGUUACGGUGGGUCCAAUACAACAUCGAGCACUUCGGUGGGGAUCGUAAAUCCGUCACAUUGUUCGGUCACAGAGCCGGUGCUACACUUGUAACGGCUCUGUCUGCCAUGAAAGGUGCAGAAAAGUUAUUCAAACAAGCCUGGGCUACUUCUGGUGGAGCUAUAUAUCCGGGAAAAACUCUUGUGGAGUACGAGAUGGAAAAUAAAAACUACAUGCCUAGUAUUCAAUGCGAAACUGCUCAGUGUUUGUUAGAUGCCGACGCCGAUAUGUUAGUAAGCUCUGUUAUUGACACGUGGAGAAAACCUCAACCUGAUUUACCGUCAAGAUUAGAAGAACCGGAUAAACGUCAUGAGUGGUUGGUACUGGAUGGUAACAUUCUCAAGGAACAUCCUGGAAAGGUGUGGGCUUCUGAAGAAGGCUUUCCAGUCAAACUAGUUUUGGGGACUACCGCCCAUGCGGCUGCGUCGGAAACGCUAUACUUAAAGUACAAAUCAUGGUCAGAAGAUCUCGUACAACAGCACAUUAAAGAGUCGAAGUUAGGGCAGUUAAACAUGGUCGAUGAAAUUUUAAAAUUAUAUCCUUCAACCUACCAAGGAUUGAGUGCCAUGAUAUCCGAUAUACGCAUAGUCUGCCCAUUGCUAGCGGUAUCUACGCAGAUGCGUAACGUGCCGUUUUACGUAGUCACGCAAAAUCGAGGCGAACUAAACGUUGCCGACGUCGAUUCCGACGUCGACGCAAUUUUGGGCCGCUACGAACCAAAAACGGCGGAGCAAAAGCGAUACGUAUCCGCAAUGCAGCAAUUGUUUUAUUAUUACGUUUGGCACGGCAAAAUUCAGCCCGUCGAACACAUCAAUAACAAAAUUCUUAUUGUUGAGCAAGAUGUUUUGUUGGCAGCUAACUACACUCAUUGUGAUUAUUGGAUUACUAAAGAUAUUGUUCCUCGAUAUGCACAAUUAGAUUAAAGAUUCCAUGAUCUUUGACUGAAAAAUAUCAAUGCUUGUCCAUUUUUAUUUUAAUAAUAAUAACUUGGUAAAUAGUUCUCGUGGUGCUGACGAUUGAUACAAAAUUUAUUAAUUUGAUAAAUAACAGUGGCGCCAAAUAAGAUUAUUGAUUGAAAUUUAUAAAUUCCAACUGAUGAGGCUCGAGUAUUGAUUGAAAAUUUGUAAAUUCCAACGGAUGGCUCUUUCAUAUGGUUUCCAAAUCUGACCAAUCUUCUGAGAUUGUGUAGAUGUCAAUAUUUCACGCAAAUUCUCUGACAUUAAAUGGUUAAUACAUUUCCUAUGUCGGUCGGUUAGACCUAGGCUAAGCUUUUUAAAGAACUAUGAAUGAUAACACAAGCAUUCCAGGCUAUUUAAUUUCCAUAUGCAUGGUAUGCGCGUACAGAUUAGUGUCAUCAAAAUACAGUGAUAUUCAUGUAGGGGUAGACAUAGGAAUUUCCUAUAGGAAUUUUUACUUUUACAUUAUAAAAAGUCUCCUGAAAGACGCCUAAUUUUAUGCAAUCAAAAUAACUUCUUGAAACAAAUAAAGAUCUCGCUGUUUUAUUAAUUUUAAUCUUGUUGCUUUGGCUUCACAGAAAAUAAAUCUCUUAAGCUCCUUUAACUGUUAUCGGCACUAUACCAAAACGCCAACAGCCAAUGUGCUGACCAGGAUCAUUUCCCAAAUAAAAUGUUUAAUUAUUAUACGCCAACGUGACCAAAAGAGUUAUGGCAAAAACUAGUGAUGCGCGCAUUCGAAUGAAAACUAUCGAACUAUUCGAUAGUCGCAAACCAUUCGAAUAAUUCGAUAGUGGACAAGUAAUUCAUUCGAAUGAAUUGUCUUCAAUGAACGAAUUAUUUGCAAUUGCACACACAGUUCAUAAAUACUAAAUACCUUAUGUUACGUUGAAAAAUGUAAAUAUUAUUUAUUUCUUAAUCCAGAUGGUCACGGUUUGGGAUUGGGAAUUAUAAAUUUUAUAAUACCUACAUAAAAUAUAAAGCGUCGUUUACUAAUUACUUAGUAAUUACUCAUACCAUACGCAUUAUAAAUUUAUAAGGCAUAAGCAAAGUGAAAAAAGUCGAUGAUUUACAUUUUUAUUCGAUAGUUGUUCACGAGGUUGUUCAUUUAUAAUUUAUAUAAGAUCCAUGUAUUUGUAUAAGUAAUACACAUAAAGGAAAAAAAUUAUUCAAAAAAUUCAUUCGAUAGUGAAUUCAUUCGAUAGUACUUAUUACUAAAUAGUAAUUUAUUCGAUGGUUUUUUUUUCUCGAUAGUUCCCAACACUAGCAAAAACCGACAUAACCCAUGUCCAAGCAUCGAAAACGGUUUUACUUAAUCUCUAAAUAACCCUUCUCAUAAAUGUGUUGCAUUCAUGGCGUUUUUCGCACCCCCACAAACAGUAUUGAUUCACUCUGCAUUACCCUAACACUGGCAAAAUAGUUCUAAAGGGAUUUCUGCACAAGUGAAUUUCCCAUGUCAACAUUUUGUCCGUCAGUAUAAUGGUCAAACAUAUUUGACAGUCCUGGUCAGUACAAUAUUCUUUGGAGUUUUGGACAUUCUGCGAAAUUCGUGUUGACGUCUAUAUUGCACCUUUCAGGUGUUCAUUCUGAGAACAAUUUUCGGCUUCUGUUCCGUCUAAAGAUUUUGGAACAAAAAGAAGUUUCACGAUACUAAAGCAUUGCUAUGGACACAGUAAUUUGGUACACCCUGUAACGGUUGUUACAUUCUAGGACUGAAAUACCUAGUCGUGCAAUAACAAAAAUUUGACUAGAUCCAAAUUACCAUAUAUUAAUUAAAAUUGAUCAUUCAAAAAUCUGUCUUCCUCUGCAGCUCUCCACAAUGUUAAAUUUCAAAAUCAGGAUCUCUACUAUUUCAAACUAAUUUAGUGUUCUCAUAAUUAAAUAAUGAAAAUUAUUAUUACUCUUUUUCACAAAUAAAUUAUAAUCUUAAAAUCUAAAUUUUGAACUCAAUUGGAAAAUUCUCAUUAUUUAAUAUUACAUUCAAACGGAAAAACUUAACUUUCUUUUAGAUGGGUCCAUACAAGAAAAACCAUAUACCUACAGUCAUUGUUUAAAUACUUUAAACAAUGCUACAGUAUAGUUCCUCUGUUUAAAACAAUGUCCCAAUCUUUAUUAUUAUUUGAUUGGCAAUAAAAUGUUAAAAUUCAAAAACUUAAGGACCAGGUCGAAUUUGAAUAUAAAAUCAAACGUUUAACUACACAAUCGUAAAGAUAACGAUGUCCCUCCGAUGUCGCUCAACUGGAAGCACAGAAUCAUCUCCUAAAUAGACUGAAAUAGGGGACAUUCCGAAAAAUUAUUAAGCUUCAUAAAUGGAUGGCUAUCUUGAAUGAUCGUUGAAAACACGCUUCCUCGACGGUAGAUGUUAGUGUUGUUAAAAUAUUUUUACGCAGGCAAUUUCUACAGGUGAGCGGCUAUUACUUUGUGCUUACUGUUUUUUAAAUGGCCGGUACACUUCUGAUUGACGAUUUAGUGUUUCGAAUUGAAAAUUACUAAACUAAACACUAGCUCUCUCCACAAAACGUAAUUCUUCGCGUCAAAUUGCAGGUGCUCGAUUUUGAAAUUUUCUGAGGUACUCUUCACUCUUCACUUAUGGAUGUUCACUAAAAAAGUCCGCUAACGGUCCCAAGCGAAAAUCCCCGCGACUUUCUUUUUACUGUUGCGCUUCCAAACGUGCUCAUUCGUGGCUUGACGCGUAAUGCCUGACGGCAAUAAAUGAUUCCCUCACUUUAAAUUUUGAGAACUUCUUCCCAUUCGAAUUUAUUCUACUAAUCGACUAUAACUUCCUUCCAACCAAUGAGACCCCUAGAAAUCCAAACUGACAGAUUCGUGUGCACUGGUUUCCGUAGAGUCGACAAAAACAAACGCUACGCGACAUCCUGACAAAAUCCGAUCUGUCUCAGUAGGAUACAGUGUAAUGCUAGUUAAUUUCGCUGCGCUUUGCGACUUUCUGGCGUCGUCUAUUUUUGUACGCAUUUACCUCGACAGGGCCGUACUCCAAAUAAAAAAUCGAAAUAAUAUAGUUUUGUUCGCCAUAAAUUCAUUCGCUUUAUUGGUGAAACUGUUUCAAGCGCUCAAUCGUGCUUCCACAAAUUUCAGUAUUAGUUGGUUUGGUCGUUUUUUCCAUGUAUGCAAUAAUAGCAAAAUGCCUUCUCAUUUCCAAGAAACGAUAGGCAACUUCCAGAGAAAGAUUGGGUUCUUGUGGUUCUUUGUCGAUUGAUUUCUGUUUGAUGAGAGUCUUAGUGGAACAGUCUCUUUUGAUAAUUUGCCUUGGCUGAAACCCAGCCCACUCAAAAAUAAAGGCAAAAUAAAAAAAUAAACGAAAUAAAAUAAUUCAUGAGAAAUAAAUGUUACAUCGUACAAGUUUUUUUCCUCAGUCCGUUCUUUAUCAUUUCGAGUUUCACGCACGCAAUCUCUACAGCUAAGUGACAAUUACUUUGUGUAUACUGUAUUUUAAAUGGCGGCUACAGUUUGAUCGAGCGCUUUAAAACACUAAUUCUGUCCACAAAACGUAAUUCUUCGCGUCAGAUAACGAGUGAGAUUUUGACAUUUGCUAACGUACUGGCAGAACUUCUCUUCACAAAAACGUAAAAUCACCCGAUCGCAAAAAUUAUCACCUUUUUACUGUUGUCAGUUCUUUCGUGGCUUGACGCGUAAUGCCCCACGGGAAUCCCUGGACCACGUAAUUCCCACCACGUUACAUUUUGAGAACUACGGCAGUCAGAGAUUCAAAUACCUAAUCUAUCAGUCCCCAUACAGCUAUCCCCCCAUUUUGUCAAAUUUGACGUUUUUUCUAGUGAUCGAUUGCGCUUGGUUUGCACCCCUCCGUUUUUCAGUUACUCCAGAUACAAAAUUCCAUACUGUCGCCCCAGUGCGCACACGAUUGCAUUGCGCGCGGCCGGUUUCAAAAUUACGAUAGAUUCAAAUUGGGGGAGGGGGGGGGGCGAAUCCAUAACUUCCUCCAAUUUUACAAAUAAUUAUUCUUUCACAGAGCAACCGAUUGCACUUGGAUUGUACAUCUUUGCGCCCAAACACAACACUCCAUACUGUCCCACCAGUUUUUCAAAUUUGAUGUUUUUUCUAGUCAUAUGGUUUAGGCUUCUUGUGGCCCGAGUACUUUCGUUUGAGACCGCGGCGUUUCCCAGUUGUUCGAAUUGCAAAACUCCAUAAUGUCGUCCCAUUUUUCACAUUUGACGUUUUUUUAAGUAAUCGCUUGUGCUUGUUUUGCGCAUGUUGGCGUCCAGAAUACUUUCGUCUGCAUUUUUAAAUCAUUCCAAAUACAAAAUUCCACCCCCCCCCCCCCCCCAUGUGUGACAUGUGACGCAGACGAAGGUAUUCGCGGCAUAAACCAACCGUAAGCAAUGUCAAACAAAGAUAUUCGAGGCGCAAACCUGCGCAAUCCGUUGCCCUGUAAAAAAAUUAUUAUUUGUCAAAAUUGGGUCACAGGUUAGUUUUCGGUGAAAUAACAAACAAAUGUGGGGUUCACGGUUCACUUUACGAUCAUUAUUAUCACUCCUCACUCUUUCCUUCUCUAAGAACCAGACCCACGUCCACGCGCCCGCCGCUGUGUGUAUCAUAUACAUAACCUCAUUUACAUCAGAGUGGGAUGGAAAGAGAGAGAACUAUGGCAACCUUGCAAGAGAAAACACUAUCGAAAAUAUUAACACUGCUCGUCGGCCAUUUUGGAGCCCACUGACAAUCCACAUGUGCAUAAAAAAGUGUUUAAGGUUACACAAUACAUGCAGUUAGGGCAUAGAAUGUUUUGCAAACAUCAAUUGUUAUUGGGCUAUGUAUAAUACCUAUGUCCUAUAGUUGUUUGAAUGACGGCAUUUCCAUGGUGGGAUAAGGAUAACGUAGAUAUCGAAGUCCCCUCCACUUUGGUAAAGAACUAAUGGAAAAAGUCCUGGUUAAUUAUGCCUUGGGAGCUCACAUUCCAAUCAGCGUAUUGUCUGAAUACACAUAACAUAACGCUCGGAAUUUAUCAAUUUAAUGCACGUACCAAUUGUCAGCACCUUUUGCUUUAUAAAACCUACCUAUAGCUCUUUCAUUAAAAUUACUUCAAUAAUGCAAUGUAGGAAAUACAAAAUUAAGUAUUUCUUACAUCUAUAAGUCCUUUGGUUUGUUAAAGAUGAAGUGUAAUCAAAAUAUUAAGUUUAGCAGUAUUGUGAACGUGUACUUCUACUGUAACCGAACGGGCGGUUCUAAUUUUUGUAUAAACAAUGAUCUCCGUUUGAUGUACUUGGUAAUAUUGAUAAGGCCUAAUUUAUUUAGAUAUGUAGUAACUUAUUUUAUACUUUUUAAUGCUUGUACAGUAAGACUAAGCUGCGGUGUAUUUAAGAAUUAUUAGCUCAAAAGAUGCCAAUGUGAUCUUCGGCAAUCAAGUUGAAAUUGUUUUAAGCUAAGUUCAUAUCCAAUGUGUGAAGGUGAGUGAAAACCAAUUACAGAGAUUUUGUUGACCAAAUCUGUAAUAUUUCGUUGUGAUUAAUUUGUAGCUGUCAAGUUUGAGAUGAAAUUAGGCAACCCAACUUUUGAUACAAACUUUUAUAAGCAAUAGUCUUUAAAUUAAACAAGUGUACUUGAUGUACAGAAUAAAACGCUGGGCACAAACUGUAGCAAUUUUCAAUUGUUAAGAAACAUGUAUAGUUCUAAUGUCAACAUUCACAUUCAUCAGUCAGCCUGCUUCCAACGGAAAAAAAGAUUGAUUCUGUACGAAAACUGUAGUUAAGAUAUCGAAAUCAACUGUGUGAUGAGAUUGUUUUAGGGUAAGUGAGAAAGAAACAUACGAACAUUGUAAUAGAACACAUUUAUUCGUGCCAAAAAAUUUGUAACAUUACAUCUUUGGACGCUAUAUUUUUGGUAAAAAAACAUUAAUCAAGUAACUUGGUAGACUGGUUUGUAUUUUU